AUGUCUGUUAUUUCUGCAGAAGUUGCGGUGUUUUUCCAGAACAAGGGGCUUCUAGGACCGGCAAAGAACAACAAGCGCACAAUAUCAGUGACGGCGUUAUCCAGUCCGGCAACAUCCCGAUCAUCCUCUUCCUCGUCCAAUUCGAUAGAUCGCACUAGCUUUUCGGCCACCUUCGUCAACGUCUCACGGGACGAGAUUGAGCUGCCGCAAGAUUUGACAAGUGGUGAAACCUACGAGUUCAUUGGAUUUGACAAGGAAACCGCCGGUAAAUUGUGGGACCAGUAUCUUAGCCGCCCAAUUGGCGAUCCCUUGGAUCCCUUCGACUUUGACUUUAUGGAUUACGCCAGGUCCCAGGUGAAGAAUUCUACGGUGCCCGAUGUGCUCUCUGUUACUGAUGAUUGGACGCCAACGAUGGCUGCCCUCGGGAUCAAUUACUGUUUACAACAAUCGAUCCUCCAUCCAGAUUUUGAUGAUGUGAGGGCCACUGCAAGUUGCAAGUUCUGGUUGUUGGAUUCUAUGGAAAUGGCCUUCAAGACGCUCGAGGGCCUGAACGGCCAGCUACGGCAAGAACUGGAGCGGAGACAGCGACUAACGAUACUCGGUGUCAGAGAGAAAUCGCCAUUUAAGUCUCUGAAAUCAGCUGCCAAAGAGACCACCAUACCCAACGAAUGCCCGGCGACUGAUAUAGUGGCUGAACAGGAAGCGCCUGCGCGCCUCAUCGGCUAUACAAUGAUAUGGCGGGCAUGUCUUUUGUCUGAAGCAGUUGAAUGCUGUGAGAGCCGUCCAGGAGAACUUCAAAUUACCCCGGUCUGUUCAAGGCCUGGGGACUUUAGUGGACGUACUGCGGUUGCGUAUUUUUCACCUGAACGAGAAACCGCCGAUCGGUAUGCAGCGUACAAGAAGCAUAGAUUCUCAAUCGCUGAGCUUGCAAUAUUACAAGUUGCGGUGCCAGAUAGUCUCAUGCAGAGCUUGUCAGUUAACUAUCUGUGGGCUGAUGGGGUGAGUGACUUGUGGAAGAAGGUGGUUUGGAAUUGCAGGCGUGGAGACCGGUUACCAAAGGAUCUGAGGUAUAUGAGAAAUAAAGACCUCUGGAUAGGGCAUAUUGCCAGGUCCAAGAAUGUCAAAUUUGAAACGAUGGAGAGCUGCACUCAAAUCCAGUCCUCAGAUGCUCCGGUCGUUCAGAUUAACGGUGAGCGGCGGAACGCCACCCAAUGGGUAUUUCACAGUGACCAUGCCGAAGAACUCUUUGCCCAGUGCUGCAAAGGAAAGACCUGGAUCCAUUCCAUUGGCAAACUGGUCGAAGUUUUCAAAGACAUGGCAUUCGCCAAAUCACUCAAGUCAGACCCUCUCGGCAUCAUUGAUACUCGACUGACGAUGACGGACUCACCUACGGAUGGCUUCUUUUCACCUCUCUUUGAGCCAUUCACCGGCUUUACGCCAUUCACCGGGUUCGAUGGAGCUGACAAACGACAGCCAGGCAGCCAAACAGAAGCAGAAGCAAGCCCAAAGCAAGCUCACCGAAUCCUCGAACUUCGCGAGUCAUUCCGUGGUUUCGAUUCCAGCCGAAACUGUCCUCGACUUGAGUUGGAUGUCGCUGUGGAUAAGUACCACACUCUUGACGGCCUCGCUGAACCCUUGAAUCCCCAAAACACGCCGGCAUCAAAUAGCGAACGAGGAAGCACAGAGGAAUAUACCGAGUCAUUUCGUCGCUAUCAAAUGGAGAACCUACGGAGGAGUCCUACACCUCAGACGGAGGAGUUCAAUUUCGAUUGUUUCCAAGAUUCGCCAGAGGCGAGCUUUGUUUGCCAAGACGAUGAAAGUGAAUCCGAAAAACCCUCAAAGUUGCGACGCCUUUCCGUUGGCCGCCGACAGUGGAUCAAACCUCCCAUUACUGCCCUGGCGAAUCAUCAGCCAGGCAUAAAUGCGAACUUCAAGGAACCCGGCAAUCCAGGUUCACUGCUGCGGUCCGUUCGAUUUUCUCCUCCUGCGGCCUCUCUGUCUCCGCCUUCUCGUGCGGCACGUCGUCCCCUACCUUCGAUUGAAAGAGGGCAAGAUUAUGUUGCUUUGCAUCGACAGAAGAAACAAUACCGGAAAUGGAAGGUCGCUGGCCGCGCGAACUCUCGCAAAUGCUCACCAUGCAACAGCCCUACAAAAAGAACGCAGUCUCUGGCAGCUCGCAUCCCAAAGAACCAUGAUAUGCGCAACUCGUCCCUUUUCAGCUUGCCUGAUCGUGAAACACGUCAAAUGGCGUUCCCCACUCGUGUUGCCCCAGGUGCUGAUGCCCGGGAAGUGAGAACCAGCGAGGUGGUCGACACUCCUGUUGCAAGUGACUCGAACAUUGCGGGUAAAACUGAGCGGAACCUCCCUGCAUUUCUUGCUGUUUCCUUUUCGCUUUACAGAAUCCGACCUGCGCCUAGUUCAUCCAGUAAGAAAGCCCCAAAGUACGCUUUCAGAUUUCGAAUGACUCGAACUGAUCUCCCUCAACAACCUUCUCCGCAUUUCCCUACCAAAUUCGAAAAUCUCGCUUGCCACCCGAUCAUUGAUGACUUGCUAUUCCACAUCUGCUUCAUCAUCCCUGCGAUAGUUGUGCUGCUCCCUCUCAAUGUCGUCUUCAUUGCGACAUACCCAUUGACCAACACCCGAGUCGGCGCUGUAAUGCUCUACCUGGUCAGAGCUUUACUGUAUCUACUGAUCAACAUUAUCAUUUUCGUUUUGUUCAAAUGCGGAGUGACUUGCGGAUGCCAGUGGAAUCCAGACACCGGCAAUUCGGGCUGA